CAACGAGUUUUACAACAAAUAGAAUGUUAAACUAAUUAUAAACAAUUUUUAGAUAAUUGUAAUUUAGAUAAAAUAAAUUUUAUUUAGUUAUUUCGUGUUCAUUAAUUGGUUUUAUAAUGAAAUCUGCAAAUAUAAAACCACCUGUUGCAACACGAAAGCAUGGAAACCGGGCAAAAUGCGACAAUGAUACAUCUAAAGAGCCUGUUAGAGUUUUUUGCCGUUUAAGACCAAUAGUUCACUCUAAUGAUGUAUCUUGUAUGAAAAUUAUUUCUGAUACAGCCUUGGUUAUUACUCCAUCAGAAUCAAUAACGAAUGUUCGUAAUGUAAACAAAGCUAUUCAAACGUGUUUUAGUCACGUUUUUGGUCCCAAUACUUCUCAAAGAGAAGUAUUUAAUAUUGUAGCUUUGCCACUUGUUGAAAAUCUUCUUAAUGGCAAAAAUAGUUUACUCUUCACAUAUGGAGUAACUGGAAGUGGUAAAACUUAUACUAUGUCUGGUACACAUGAUGCAGGUAUCAUGCCUCGUAGUUUAGAUGUUAUUUUUAACAGUAUAGCAAAUUGUCAAACAAAGAAAUUUGUUUUUAAACCUGAUAAAUUAAAUGGUUUUGAUAUACAAAGUGAAGCUGAUGCAUUGUUAGAUAGACAAAAUGAACUUCAAAGAUUCGUUACUUUUUACAAUGGAAAAACUUCUAAAAUAUGUAAAAUAGAUGGAAAUAAUUUUAGCAAUGAAAAUAUCUUAAAUUUAAGUAAUGAAUCUCAAACAUUAGUUAUUGAUGAAGAUAAUGCAUAUGCAGUUUUUGUAACAUAUAUUGAAAUUUAUAAUAACAGUGUAUAUGAUUUAUUAGAUGAGAAUGAAGGGAAGACAAAAACUUUACAGAGUAAAAUUAUACGUGAAGAUGGAAAUAGAAAUAUGUAUGUUCAUGGAUGUACAGAAAUAGAAGUAAAAAGUUCAGAAGAAGCAUUUGAAAUAUUUCAACGUGGUCAAUGUAAAAGACAUAUUGCAUAUACUAAUCUUAAUGCAGAAUCAAGUAGAUCUCACAGUGUUUUUACUAUAAGACUUGUUCAGGCACCACUAGAUAAGGAUGGUGAACAAAUUGUUCAAAAUAAACAAGUAAUUUGUAUUAGUCAAUUAUCUUUAGUAGAUUUAGCUGGAAGUGAACGUACAAAUCGCUCGAAAAAUACUGGACAAAGACUCAGAGAAGCAGGAAAUAUAAAUAAUUCGCUAAUGACACUGCGUACUUGUUUGGAAAUACUUCGUGAAAAUCAAACUCAAGGUACAAAUAAAAUAGUCCCUUAUCGAGAUUCUAAAAUAACACAUUUAUUUAAAAAUUAUUUUGACGGAGAAGGAAAUGUUAGAAUGAUCAUUUGCGUUAAUCCUAGUGUCGAUGAUUAUGAUGAAACUAUUCAAGUAUUAAAGUUUGCUGAAGUUAGUCAAGAAGUACAAGUUACAAAUUCUACAACUUCAAAAUUAGAUUUAGGAUAUGCACCUGGUAGAAGACAAGCUAAUAAAAUAUUUAAAGAAGCAAGAAAUAGAUUAGAAAGUGCUGGUCAUCCUAUUGCAGCUGAUUUAGAAGUUGAUUUGGGUUUAGUAUAUAGUCUUGGAGGACCAUUUCCAGAAAUGGAUAUAACAAAUCCACAUAAUGAUGAAAUAAUCACUACACUUAUGCGUUUCUUAGAAUUGCGUAUUCAAAAACGAAAUAUUUUGCAAGAAGAUCUGAAACAGAAACAAACCAAUUUUAGAAAUAUGCUAGUAAAAAUGGAACGGGAAAAUGUAUCAUUAAAAAUUGAAAAUUCUACAUUGAAAGCAUCAAAUGAUCAACGACAAAAAAAAAUAUCUGCUUUGGAAGCUCAUAUUUGUAAAACAGAAGCACAAAUUGAUACUUUAUUAUACAGAUUAAAUAGUGCAAAUGACAUAAUCAGACAUAUGAAGCAAGAAUUACAAAACAAAAAUAUGUUAUUGAAUCAACGUGCAAUAGACAAGCAAAAAGUAAAAGAAAAAUAUAGUAAUAAAAUUCAAGCAGAAACUGAUAAAAUGAGUAAAGAAUUAGAAAGCAAACUUCGCAGACAACGUGAAAUUCUUCAGAAUCAAGUGAAAGAAAAAGAAGAUAAAUUGAAAUUAAUGAAACAGAUAUUAAUAAGUGAUGAUGAAAUAGAUACAAAAAAUAAAUUAGAAUGUAAAGAAAGAAUUCAAAUACAAAAUGAAAUUGAAAUACCUACAACAUCAAAAAUCAUUACAACUACUCCAAGUAGUAUUUCAGAAGCUACACUUUCUACAACUACACCAAAAAUUAUGACAAAAGCUGUUUCAACGGUUAAAUUUGAUGAUUAUAAUAACCGAUUAAGUAGAAAAGAUAGAAUACCAGUAGUAAAUCUACAUUAUAGAAGAUCACAAAGUGCAGAGAGAUGGAUUGAUCAUCGACCUCCUGGAUUAGUUCCGGUUGGUACCAUUUUUCAACCAGUUAUUCGAAAUAAACGAAGUAUCACACAAUUAACAGAUCCGAAAGAUAUUACAAACAAAGCAUCCAGAUAUUGCCUUGUCGCACAGGAACAAGAUACAGAUGGUGAACUUGAAACUAAAUUAUACAAAGGAGAUAUAUUACCAACUAGUGGAGGAGGAGCUCAAGUGGUAUUUAAUGAUAUGGAACAUUUGAAACAAGUUUCAUUGCUUGCAAGAAGAAAACGUAGUAGUUAUUUGAGCCCCGAAAAAAAUUCUACUUCUCAAAAAAGUUAUUGUGAUUCAGAAGAAAACAAUUCAAAAAAACCUCGCGUAUAAUUUAUUAAAAAAAUUUUUGUAUUUUAUUGUUUUAUUUUCAAAUAUCUGACAAAUCAAAUAAGAUAUAUAGAUAAUGCAGAUAUAAAAACCAAAGAUGUGAAGAAAUAAAAUUUUCUUCAAUUUUUUUAUGCAAUAACUAAAGUACAAAUAAGUUAUAAGUAUAU